UAGUUGUUUACUUAGACGGGUUAAGUUAUCCCGGAUGACUUUGGUCGAAAAGCGUAUCUUGCUGGCCACCAGUCAAAUUCCUUUUUACAAGAAAGAAAGAACGUAAACCAUGGCCGGAAAGACACUAGGCCGAUCAUCGGGCUCCCUCAAUGCCCCAAUAGCCGCCUUCACCAUGGCCCUUCUGCUUGGCUCCUACUGCAUCAAAUCCAUCCACACCGCUCGUCGCGAAGCGCAAUCCACAUCAAGCACCGCAACCACUACGCCCCGACCUACUAAGAAGGCAGAGUCGCAGUCUUCAUGGGUACAGCAGGCACUGGAAGAGAGUCGAGAGGGGGAGAACAAGUGAUUCAGUUCGGGCAGAACUGAGUGUA